AUGAUGGGCACCAGCUCUCGGUACGAGACAGAACAGUUGUCCAUGUACCAGAUGGAUGGCAGCAUGACACAGCGCAUGAUGUUCGACGCCACUCCACAGCCAGGUUCUUCCACCGACAGACUUCCGACAGCCCACUACGCCCAGCCAUCUCCUGGAUACUCCCCCCACCCAUCUUCUCAGUACCACCACAACGCACACUACUCUCCUGGUUCCGCCUACAUGGCACCCAUGAAUGCUGCUUCCAGAGAUUCCAGUCAGAUGAAGAGAGACAAGGAUCUUGUGUACGGGCACCCAUUGUUUCCGUUACUGGCUCUGGUCUUUGAGAAAUGUGAGCUGUCAACGUGCACUCCACGCGAUUCCAACAAUCCUGGCAGUGAGGUCUGCUCGUCGGAGUCAUUCAACGAAGAUGUCAGAGUCUUCGCCAAUCAAGUCAACGCUGAGAAGCCGUACUUCUCCGCUAACAGAGAGCUGGACAGCUUGCAGCAACAACAGCAGCAACAACAGCAGCAACAACAGCAGCAACAACAGCAGCAGCAACAGCAGCAACAACAACAGCAACAACAACCACGUUGGCCCAUGCAAUAUUUUUAA